AUGAAUCAGAUUUGCCUUGCAUCGAAUUGUUUCUCAAUAUUCGAUGAAAGCUACUGUAGACGUUUGAAUUGGAAAUGUUGUGAGAGUCAAUUCUGCUGCCGACAACUUUCGGCAGUCUCAUUGGAAUGCUUGCCAUGUAAACAUAAUAUUUGUUCGACAUGUAUGGAAGAAUACAAAAUAUUGCCCAUUCCCGUUUACCCAACGGAAGAUUGUUCAGGAAAAACAUCUGAGGUGGAUGAGUCCAAUCUGUGCGACCGUAUAUGUAAAAAAUACGUGGAAGAAGGCAAAUACAUAACGACAAGUUGCUGUCAAGCAAAAAUAUGCUCCGCUUGUUUCGAGACUAUUUCCGGUCGUAAAUAUUCAACAGGUGUUGAAGAAAGGUGUCCUUCUACUGAAUGCCUUAGACAUGCUGACAUAGCUCGAUGCCAAGCUGAAGUCAAAUGUAAAAACUUGCCAAUUAGUGGAUUCCCGUCAAAAGAUGAAUGCGAACACGCUAUGUGCAUUCAAUGCCUGGAGAAGAUGAUCGAUAACUGUGAAUCUGCUGGUUCUCUACCACGUUGUCCUAACGAAUCAUGCAAUGCGUUGUAUAAUGUGGAAUCCGUAAUCGCAAUGCGUGCAAUGCUACCGGGAAAAUCGGCAUUCUUCAAUAAACUUUCACUGGAUAAUAACUACUAUUACUUGAUCAAGGAUGAAAUAGUUACUCCAAUAAAAUUUUCUGCAAAUUUUAAAUCGGUACAGAGAUAUUGUGAAAUAGAUGUUAAACUAAGCGAUGGUACUGAAAGUAGGAAACUUCCAUUCGAUCGAAUAGGAACAAUUGCUGAAAAGAUCACCUAG